UUGCGUGUUACAAAGAAGAAGAAGAAGAAGUAUGGGCGAUUUGACGGUUUCUCUGGCCGAGAAGCUUACCGGACAAGAUGCCGCACAAAUCCAAAGGCUGGAUGCAUCAAGCCGGCGGUUAGAGAAAGUAAAGAACCUCAGAGGGUGUGGUCGGCUGGUGAGGCUGGACCUCUCUCAUAACCUCCUGGAAAGUUUAGGUGGCAUCGGUGGCUGCAGAACCCUGACCUGGUUAGAUCUGUCCCACAACCAGUUGGACUCGCUAGCAGGUGUGCAGUACCUGACCAGUCUGUCGGUCAUAAGAGCUUCCAACAACAGUAUCACCUCGUGUGUGGACCUCUCCAACCUUACUAGUUUGAAGGCACUCAUUCUGAGUCACAACCAGCUAUCAUGCCUGCCAGGUCUCUCUUCCCUCUCUGAACUCAACACUCUCGUUAUCUCACAUAAUAAGUUUGAGUCUGUCAGUGUGGAUAGCUUGAAGAAGCUCUCGAAGCUGUCCGUGUCAAACAACGCUCUAAAGGCGGUACCAAACACACAGAACAAUAUUGAACUGAGAGAACUCAGAUUGAAUGGAAAUUACAUCAAGAGUUUGCCAGAAUCUCUGAAGUGUAACGGAAAGUUAAAGAUCAUUGAUCUUGGCAACAAUAAACUGAAAACUAUCAGUGUGCUGGAACCACUGAGCAGUCUUGAUCAGCUAGUGAACCUCAAUAUAAAAGGAAAUCAACUGUGCGAGUGUCCGAAUUACCUUCAGGAGGUUUUAGGGCUGGUGGCGUCUGUGAAAAUAUUGGAUGGAGGUAAAGUGGAUGGUUUAGCAUUAGACAGAGAAUGUGAAGUCUCAGGGGGUGACGAAAAAAGCAAGAAAUCUGAGUCAAAAGCAACUGCAGAGAACACUGUCAAGAGGUCUGUCGGGAAAGAAAAACAAAAGAGAGAAAGAGGAGCCGCAGAGGAAGAUUUGACGGCGAAAUCUCUUGCGAGGAAGCGGAAGAAGUCACAAGGGAGAGCAGGGGACGAUGGCAGAGAUUCAGAAUGUGUAAAGAAGAGACUGUCUGUCGGUGUACCAACUGAAAUCUCAGAGAAAUACGAGGCCUACAGAGGAGAAGAAAGAGAGUGGGACUGAUUUAGUACCGACUGGACCUACAGCUAACAAGCUGCCUGGAGUUUUUGAGGCAGAAUGCGACAGACAAAGGGACCAGUUAUCAACCACGCCCCCAAGACACCAGCUGGGGUGAAGAGUUCUCUGAAGAAGACCUUGUCACGAGGAAGGUCUGGAGUAGUGGCCGUGGAGGAAGUGAGACAGGGGAGAAAGGGGAAGAAGAGGAUUUGGGAAGCCUCUGCUACCGACCGUGACAAUCCUAUUGGAAGUGGUCAGCCAUCAACUUGGAAAUAGCAAUCAAAUUCAUCAUUUCACACCUAAUACAUUAUAUGAGCCUACAACUUUGCUGCAUGUUCACUGUCUAAUGUUUCCGUUUCUGUUUGUGCUUUUUCCUUGGCCAUCUCGACAACUUCCCCAGACUUUUCAGGUUCGUUG